AAAAAAACGAACCACGAUUCACGAGACGUGGCUGCAACGUGCGGGCGGCCACUGCGGUGGUUCCCGCCCCCCACGCGAGGCACGAGGCACUGAGGCAGGAUACAUCCAGGCCAGCGCAACAGCACGUACACGCGCUGGACCCACCGACGCCCGCGGACAGAACGUCCAGGAACCCGACGCGGACGGGCCGCCGAAACGCGAGGUCGAACCGCCGGACACGGGACGGGCGGGACCCUGCCAAGUCAACAGUCAGACCUAGCCUCCCUUGCCGCGUCCCGCGUGGGCCAGGCUCCUCCAACCCGCCGGCGCCGCCCCGCCCUCUUGCAGUCUUGCUCUAGCUUUGCGUGUACGAGUACUUGCACAAGUAUAAAACUCACACGUCGUCCCGACCUCGACCAUCCAGUCCCAACUCCCAACUCGCACUCGCCCAACCUCGAAUGCCAAGCUAGCAAGAGAGGCCUCGAUCGCAGAACCCAGCGGCAAAGCAAGCACGCCCGUGUCUACAGGCAGCUCUUUCCAUAUGGCGCCCAAGAGGAGCAGCGAGGAGCGCGCGGCGGCGGAGCAGGAGCAGCCGAGGCUCCGCGGCGUGCGGAAGCGGCCGUGGGGCAGGUACGCGGCGGAGAUCCGGGACCCCGUGAGGAAGGCGCGCGUGUGGCUCGGCACCUUCGACACGCCCGAGCAGGCCGCUCGUGCCUACGACGCCGCCGCGCGCAGGCUCCGCGGGCCGCGCGCCACCACCAACUACCCCGGCGACGUCGUCCGAGAAGCGCCGUGCACGGCCCCGGCUCUGGCUGCGAGCGCGAGCGGCAGCACCGAGUCGUCGUCGUCGUCGUCGUCAAGGGACGACGGCCACCCGCCACCGCCGCUGCCUACGGCGCCGUCGUCGCUCGGCCUGGGCCUCGGGCUCUUCCCGGCGACGGUGGCCACCCAGCCGUGCCUGUUCCUGGACCCGGCGCCGGUGGAGAGGGAGGAAGGGGAGCGGGAGCGGAGCUGCUGCUCCCGGUCGCCGCCGUCGGUGCUGGCGGGCCUCGGGUUCGACUUCGACCUCAACCUGCCUCCGCCCGCCGAGAUGGUCAUGUAGCGUUGGAGAUAGUAAUUCUAGCAAAAAGGGAUUGUGUAGUAAAUAGGAAGGGCAAUCGGUUUGUGUAGUAGUAGUGUAGUACUAGCUAGCCAGUUUGCCUGUGCACUAGCCACUAGCCAAUUUGCGACUUCGCAAUGCAAAUCAAGAAAUCGACGGGCAAAUAUUUUUCUCCUGCAAAAAAAUUGCAGUGCCAUGCCAUCUCCUAAGACUAUUCACAGCGGCUUCAUCUAAAUUUUACCCCUAUACCACUUUUUUAUGUCACAUUAUCAA